AUGCCUAAUGCGUCACACUUGGCCACAGAAAUGGAAAGUCCGAACGUCACCCACCCCGAGGCCAUGGAAAUAUUUAAUUUGGGCAUGAAACUCGGCAUGAGUUUACCCUACAUCCCGCUCAUGAUUAUAGCCCUUAUCGGUAACUCCCUCGUUUGCUACGUCAUUCAUCGCUACCUCCAAAAUUCAGUCACCAAUAUCUUUCUCUUCAACCUCAGUGUGACGGACAUCCUUAGUACAUUGGCCGUCAUUCCUAUGACAGCGAUCGCUGACAUUUGGCUCAAUCACUGGCCAUUCGGAGCAACUAUGUGUAAACUGGUACCGUUCAUCCAAUGUUUGACAGUCACUUUGACAGCCUUCACCCACGUCCUCAUUUCUUGUGACCGCUUCCUAAUUGUCUUUCGACCCCUGCAGAGACGUCGGCUGCUGACACCACGACGUGCAAAAUUUAUCAUCAUUCUUCUUUGGUUGACUGCAUGUAUUCAGGCUACGCCGUUGGCGGUGGUGGGAUACUUGCCGGAGGGAGCGAAUGCGCGUUGCGAGGAGUCAUGGGACGCUCAUAGGAGUCAGGUCUACACUACUACGCUCAUGGUGAUGCAGUACUUCAUUCCCUUGAUCCUUCUUAUUUGCUCCUACUCCGUGAUUUGUUGGAAACUUAACUCCACUCAAGUGGGAGGCGCCAUUUCCGUCAGUAGGAGUCGAAUGGCAGUCAGAUCUAAGCGAAAGGUUAGUGAAGAACAUUUUCAGAGGCUUUAA